GGGUGAUAUUACUGAUAAGACAGGCCUCGAAAUAUUUUAUUUAGGUACAUCCUACAUCCUACGACCUACGAUGUCAAGUUGUUUUGGGCGGCGGAAAUCGUAAAUUUAGUAGACUCCAUCCAGACUCCAGAAGGCAAAGUGUAGUUUCAUCCCGAUUAUAAGUAUGCCACAUCCAAACCACUUGCGCUGGGCAGUCAACUGCAAAACAUGGAAUAUAAGUGAAACCGAGUUAUUAACGUGUUUACAAAGCAUUCAACCGGAGGAGUGUACACGUAUAGGUCGAUUUCGGUUCAGAAGAGAUGCUAUAUUAGCACUCACGGGCCGUUUGUUACUACGAAAGGCAGUAUGUGAGACUUUAAAUAUACCGUGGAAUGAGGUUAAACUCGGACGAACAGCGCGGAACAAGCCUACUGUAUUGAACAUAUUGUACCAAUCGAAUACGCCGUUGCACACACGUACAGGUUUGGAUACAGCCUUCGAUACCGAUGAAGCAAAUAAUAUAGAGUGUCUCACGGGUUGGCAAUACAAUGUAUCACACCAUGGCGAAUACUCAGUGCUCGCUGGGGAGAUAGGUAGGAUGUGCGGGGUGGACGUCAUGAGUCUAGAUGCACAGGAAGAUAUAGACGAUUUCUUUGAUCUCAUGUCCCCUCAAUGCUCUAAAAAGGAAUGGAUCGAGAUCAGGUCAUCAGACUGUCCAUUAGAACACUUUUAUCGCAUCUGGACACUCAAAGAAAGCUACAUAAAGGCAACAGGCGAGGGCUUACACUUGGAUCUACAGAAGGCGGUGUUCGCACAGGACAAAACAUGUGCCUUCGACGAGUGGGGUGUGGGUGUGGUUGCCAUGGAAACUAAGUUUGAGCUGGACGGUGAGCAGAGACUGGAUUGGGUAUUCGAACAAUCGUACUUGGAUGCUAAUCACUGUGUCGCAGUUGGCUUAGGUCCGAUAUGUGAUGAGCUUGCUAGUAGUAAUGUGCGAGAGAGGGAGAGUGGAAAAGUUAGGGUGUUUGAGCAUAUAAGCACACAGACUCUGUUGAAGGGAUUGACUACUGUUGAUGACUCCGUCACUCUACAAUACGCCAGAGCUAUACUGAGAAAACCCUGGAGUGUGCACGAGGAUCUAUUCUAAGUUGGAGUGCUACUGCAUUUUUUAUUAUAGUAUACAGUUGGUGAGCUAGUCAUCCCUACAGCGUGCUGAAGACCUACUGGGUCCAAACCGUGUACGAGGAUGUUUCUGAGUUUGUAUGCGUGUGCUUGAUUUCAUAACCACACAGACGUUGGAGGGCGACCUGGCCACGGUGCCUAUUUUGGUCCAUCCUGUGUUCACAAGACAUACUCCACACUCUGAAGUGAGCAUGAGGUUAGCAACUGAGAGGGAUGAUAUACCAGCGCAGCAGGACGUGAGACAUCAUGGGUAGAGGGUUCGGAACUUCCGGAUAUACAUAUAAAUGACUUGUUUGAACACGGCUCCUCACAAAAAGGGAGAUGAGCUUAGAGCUCAGAGCUGAAGCCGG